AUGCCCCCUAUGGGCAUGACGCCUCUGUUGGUGACUCUGUGCCCUAUGACAGAGUGUUCUUCAGUGUUACCUCAGUUCCAGGAGUCCCAGCAGGACAUGGACGGAGAGUCAAGGCGUUCAGAACAUCACCAACAGCCCAUGACACCGAGACAGUUUCAGGACUGGCGGAAUAGUCUAGGCAAGAGUUCAGCACCAGACCAGGAUAGACUGAACCUGCAAGGUCUUGACCAGGGUCCAGCACAAGACAAGGAAACACUGCCAGGUCUUGACCAGGGUCCAGCACAAGACAAGGAAACACUGCCAGGUCUUGACCAGGGUCCAGCACAAGACAAGGAAACACUGCCAGGUCUUGACCAGGGUCCAGCACAAGACAAGGAAACACUGCCAGGUCAUGACCAGGGUCCAGCACAAAAUAAGGAAACACUGCCAGGUCAUGACCAGGGUCCAGCACAAGACAAGGAAACACUGCCUGGUCUAGAACAGGGUCUAUCAAAAGACAAGGAGAGACCGCAAGGUCUAGACCAGGGUUUAGUGCAAGAUGAGGAACCAGCACAAGACCAGGCGAGUCGGAAUUACUUCCAUCAAGUCCAGGAUCAGGAUCGUUCACUAGGCUCCAAUAAAUGCACAACAGAAGAACAUGAUCCUUCCAUAAAGGUCUCAGACCAGGAUGAGGAUCCACCAGGGAACCAGGACUAUCAAUGUAAUUUAGACCUGGAGCAAUGCACAGCUCAUAGCGCAGACCAGGGUGAAAACAGGCUGAGUGGUGUGAACCAGGAUCCAGUAUAUUUUGGUCCCGCACAAGACCACAGCAGCCCUCAUGAUAUCCCCAUUCUGGUAUCAGCUGGGAACCAGAACCAAACACAGGACUCAAUCCAUGAUCUAGCUGGUGGAAUGGAUCUACCACACUGCACAGAUCCAAAUCCAACCCCAAAACAGGACCAAGAGAAACUGCUUGGGACAGACCAGGAGCAGGCCCUAGUGGACCCAGAUAGACGACUUAACCCAAACCAGGACCACAGCACAGAUGAGGCUUGUGGGGAAGAUGCGGCAGGGGAACAAGGCGCCUGUAUCCCAGCGGUGGUGAUCACUCAGACAGAAGGGAGCCGGGGGCCAGUGGUGAAUCAAGGUGGAGAGACAGCGCCAGAGGUAACGGAGAGAGUGGAGGCUGGACCACUGUGGCCACAGACACCAGCAGAGAGGCCAGAGAUACCAACAGGACCAGAGAGACCACAAGAACUAGCAAUCGCAGCCAUGAUUCCAGUGACCACUUUAGACCUCAGCCCCAGCCCUCUCAGUGCAGACCUCAGCCCCAGCCCUCUCAGUGCAGACCUCAGUCCCAGCCUCAUCGAAGGGGGGGACCUACUGGCCUGCUGUGAUCUGCUGUCCCUGAAGAGUGACACUGUGUCCCUGGCCAGGAGCGAGGGAUAUAUCCAGGAAGAAGAUACAAGAAGUGUGGCUGCAUCCUCUGUCAUGUCUGUGUUCCCCAGGAUUCAGUUGGAUCCUCUGGAGAAGGACUGGCUACGAUCCUGUGCCCUGGGGAACACCGCUGCUCUCCGACAGCUCCUCACACAGGACCCCAGCCUGGCCUCAAAGAAGAUGCCUAACAUUUGCACUCUAUUCCCAUGCGUUUGCCUCUCUCACCAGGACUUCAUCACUACGGCACUUCACUGGGCAACCAAGCAAGGCUGCGUGGAGGCUGUGGACAUGAUGGCUCGCACCGGCGUGGACGUCAACAUCAGAUCGUCCAAAGGCUUCCGAAGGAACUUCUCCUCAACUCUGGGCUGCUGGUUUGAUAAAGCAGUGCACCACAUCAGCUAG